CACAGCAGAGGGCGCAAAGAUUCAGAGGUCUACGCAGGACAUCAACACACACGAAGAAAAAGGAAACGAUGGACAAGUAAAUUAAUAACAAAUAAGGACAUUAUAAUAAUACUUUAACUGAAGAAAAAAUAAUCUAAAUCGGUUUGAUAUAAGCAGGAUAGAAAGCAAAAUAUGGCGUUUGUGACAGCGAACUGGAAUCCUCUUGGAGACGCUUUCUACAGGAAAGUUGAGCUGUAUGAGAUGGGCUGGUCUCUAAAGGAUGGGCUCAGAGAGUGCUUGGUAGCAGCUGCUCCCUACGGAGGGCCCAUCGCUCUACUGAAGGAGCCUCAGCGCCGUUCUCCCAGUGCUCGACCUCAGUUGGAGAUCUAUUCAUCUUCUGGAGUGACCAUGGCCAGCUUUGUGUGGAAGAGUGGUGUGGUGAAGCAGUUGGGCUGGACAGUGUGCGAUGAUCUCCUCUGUAUUCAGGAAGAUGGCACCAUUCUUAUCUAUGAUCUCUUUGGCAAUUUCAAGAGGCACUUCAGCAUGGGCAAUGAGGUGGGUCAGAGCCAGGUUCUGGAGGCCAAGGUCUUCCAUUCACCUUAUGGAACUGGAGUUGCCAUAGUGACAGGAGCGUCACGAUUCACCCUGGCAACAAACAUUGAUGAUCUGAAACUAAGAAGAUUGCCUGAGGUACCAGGCCUGCAGGGUGCGCCCCCUUGCUGGGCAGUGCUUACACAGGACAGACAGAGUAAAGUGUUGGUAGCUAAUGGUGCAGAUAUCUUCAUUCUGGACAAUGCUGUCUGCACUCCUGUGAACCCUCCAGGGCUGUCUCCACAGGCCACCAGUAUAGUACACAUGUGUGUGUCAUUCAGCUAUAAGUACCUGGCCCUCUUUACAGAUUCUGGUCACGUGUGGAUGGGCUCCACUGACUUGAAGGAAAAACUCAGUGAAGUUGACACCAAAGUCAGAAAUACACCCAAACAGAUGGCCUGGUGCCGCAGGCCCAAGAGUCGCGAACCCUCAGUGGUGAUUAUGUGGGAUCGACACCUCCUGGUGGUGGGAGUGUGUAAAGACACCAUCCCAUACCACCUUGAUGAUGACUCGGUCCUGGUGCCAGAGCUGGAUGGGGUCAGAAUUGUCAAUGGCACACACCAUGAGCUGCUACAGGAGGUGCCAGCUGCCUGUGAGGAGAUCUUUAAGAUAGCUUCCAUGGCUCCAGGGGCUCUACUUCUUGAGGCCCUCAAAGAAUAUGAGAAGGAAAGUCAGAAGGCUGAUGAGUAUCUGAGGGAGAUCAAGGAGCAGAACCUCUUGGGGGAGGCGGUGAGGCAGUGUGUGGAGGCAGCCGGACACGAGCAGGAGGCAGAGACCCAGAAAACACUCCUGAGGGCGGCCUCCUUUGGGAAGUGCUUCCUGAGUAAUUUCUCCCCGGAGCCGCAGGUCUGCAUGUGCCGAGACCUGCGUGUGCUGAACGCAGUGCGAGACUACACCGUGGGCAUCCCUCUCACACACAUGCAGUUCAGACAGAUGACAGUCCGAGUGCUCAUUGACCGGCUAGUGUAUCGUAAACUGUAUCCUCUAGCCAUUGAGAUCUGUCGCUACCUGAAGACUCCUGAGUACCAAGGAGUGAGUCGGGUCCUCAAGCACUGGGCCUGCUGCAAGGUGCAGCAGAAGGAGGAAGCUGAUGAAAACAUUGCGAGAGCCAUUAGUUUGAAACUGGGUGAAGCGGCUGGAAUCUCCUACUCGGAGAUCGCAACUAAAGCCUACGAGUGUGGCCGCACUGAGCUUGCUAUAAAGUUGUUGGAAUUUGAGCCUCGAUCUGGUGAGCAGGUUCCUUUGCUCUUGAAGAUUAAACGAAGCCAGCUAGCACUAAGCAAAGCCAUUGAGAGUGGAGACACAGACCUGGUGUAUACUGUGGUGACAUACCUGAAGAACGAGAUGAACAGAGGGGACUUCUUCAUGACUCUCAGAAACCAGCCAGUGGCCCUGAGCCUCUACAGACAGUUCUGUAAACAUCAGGAGCAGGACACCCUGAAGGAUCUGUUCAACCAAGACGACGAUCAUCAGGAACUUGGGAAUUUCUACGUGAAAGCCAGUUACCAAGAAAAGAAGCUGGAGGCCCGAAUAGGUCUUUUACAGAGUGCAGUGGAUGAGUACAACAAGGCCAAGAAUGAAUUUGCUGCUAAGCUCACAGAAGAGGAGAUGCGUCUGUUACGUUUCCAGAGACGGCUGGAGGAGGAGAAGGGCGAGUGUCUGCUGGGCUUCUCCCUGCACGACACAAUUAGUACGCUGCUGUCUCUGGGCCUCCACAAGCACGCUGAGCAGCUGUAUAAAGAGUUCAGAGUGCCUGACAAGAGAUACUGGUGGCUAAAACUCACUGCUCUAGCAGAGAAAGAGGACUGGGAGGAACUAGAGAAAUUUGCUAAAAGCAAGAAAUCACCCAUUGGCUAUCUGCCCUUUGUUGAGGUUUGUGUAAAACGACAAAACAAAUACGAGGCCAAGAAAUAUGUGUCUAAGGUUACCUUGGAUCAGAAGGUCAAAGCCCACCUGUCAGUAGGUGAUUUGGAGGGCGCGGCAGACGCAGCCAUAGAGAGGCGGAACGAGGGCGAGAUCGGCGCGGUUCUGUCUCGCUGCUCUCCUGCCACGGACCGCGCGCUGGUCGAACGGCUUAACCGCGCGAAGGCCACCGCUGCCAAAAAGUGAACCACCUUCAGCUCGAGCUUCGCUCGGACUGACAUCGGCCGCUGCCAACUAGUGAUCCACGCACGCCGCGUGUCCUGCUGCCCCGCGCUGUAAACUGCGGCUAGUGGCGCGCACGAAGGAUUAAGUCCUGAUUUGAAAAAUGAUGAUGAUGAUGAUGAUGGUGAUGGAACACGCGCGAGAUUGCACACGGCAGGGAACUUGCUGAAGGAUCGUGAAAACAAUGAAGAGAAAUCGUGUCUUAAAAAUGUUUUCUCUAUCACCAACCAUCUUUAAUAGCACUGCAGUUGUUUCUUACAGUUGUAAUUAUGGUUCCAUGUUGGGCUGUGUUUACUGACACUACACUAUCUUACUGUAUGCCUGUUUAUAGAAAUUUUUAUUUUCUUCAGCCUUCAGCUUUUACGUUUAAACAUUGAAACGCGAUGUAUAAUUGCGAGUGUGAUUAAACGGCAGUUGUGAUAAA